CCGAUACGAUGCUACCAAUGUAUCCGGUAUAUGCUGAUACGGAACUGUACAAUAAAAGGACGUCCGUACUCCUCAUCAACCGUAAAACCAUCAUAGAUUCCAAUUGCAUGCUUACAUUGUGUAAACCACUGGUGGAUUGGAAUGACAGAGUCUCGUGUCGCCAAAGCCACAAUCUUUGAUGAUAAAGCUUCCAUGGUGUCACCCGAAGGCAUUCGCUUCUCCUCUCAUCCUUCUUCUUCAUGUUCUUCCUCACUCCCCCCUCCGAUCGAGAGCCUAUGGCUCCGCCGGUGCCCUCGGGGAGAAAGCCUAUAUGGCAAUCACCCAAGAGCUCUCCGACGCUAUGGCAGCUUGCGGCGCCACCGGCUCUGUAUCCGGUGCCCGGAGGCUCCACGCCUGCCUCGUCUCUGCUGGCCUCGAGGCGUCCCGCUUCCUCCAGAACAAUCUCCUGAACACCUACCUCGGCUGCGGCUCCCUCGACGAUGCGCGCCAAGUGUUUGAUGGCAUUUCCUUCCCCAAUGUCUUCUCCUACAACAUGAUAAUAAACGGGCUUUCAAAGUUUGGAUUUUUACGUGAAGCAGUGGAGCUGUUCGAUGAAAUACCUGUUAGGGACUCUACUUCCUGGAACACGCUCAUGGCAGGUUAUUUCCGCAAUAGACAGCCCUUGGAGACGGUGAAGACAUUUGCUUUGAUGGUUCAGGAUCCAAACUGCAAGCCAAAUAUGUUUACUUUUGCCUGUGCAAUGAAGUCGUGUGGCGCACUUGGUUUUCAUCGGUUGGGCCUUCAAUUGCAUGGUUUUGUUGAGAAGCUUGAUUUUGGAAGGGAUUCUCAGGUUGGUGCAUCUCUUAUUGAUAUGUACGUUAAGUGUGGAGCUGUCAACCUAGCCUCGCAAGUGUUUGAUCUGUUAGAAAGCCCUGAUCUUUGUUGUUGGAACAGUAUGAUCUUAGGUUAUGGGAGUUCUUAUGGCACUGAACGUGCUAUUGAGGUAUUCAAUAAGAUGCCUGAUCGAGAUGUUAUAUCUUGGAACACAAUGAUUUCGAUACUGUCUCACAAUGGCCGAGAACAAGAAGCACUUUCUAUGGUAAUAGAGAUGAGUGCCCUAGGCUGUGAGCUAAAUUCUACAACAUACACUUGUGCGCUUAGUGUUUGCGCUAGUAUUCUUGAUUUGAGAUGGGGCAGGCAUCUUCAUGCUCACAUUAUAAGGAGCCAAAAGAGCAUCGAUGUGUUUUUUGGGAGUGCACUGGUUGAUAUGUAUGCUAAAUGUGGCCACCUACAAUCAGCACAGAGAACUUUCGAUGCUUUAUGUGACCGUAACACUGUGUCAUGGACUGCACUUGUUGCAGGAUAUGCUCGUUCUGGACUUGUAGAGGAAGCUAUGAAAAUUUUCAAUCAAAUGAGAUCAGUGCCGAUGUCUUUGGAUCAGUUCAUCCUGGCAACUGUAAUUAGUGCUUGUUGUACUAAAAUGGAUUUAUGUCUUGGAACUCAGUUACAUUCUAUUUCAUUUCGGGUUGGAUCUUGUUCAUCUGUUCCUGUGUCCAAUGCUCUAGUCACAAUGUAUGCAAAGUGUGGAAAUGUAGAGACUGCUGAGUGUGUCUUCCAGUCAAUGCCUGUUAGAGAUGUCAUAUCAUGGACCAGCAUGAUCACUGCAUACUCUCAGAUGGGUAACAUUAGCAAGGCUCGUGAAUAUUUUGAUGCCAUGGAAGACAGAAAUGUGGUCACAUGGAAUGCAAUGCUAGGUGCAUACAUACAGCAUGGGAGCGAGGAAGAAGGCCUUAAAACAUACAUUAUGCUACAACGGGAAGGUGCUGUAAAACCAGAUUGGGUUACUUUUGCUAUACUGUUUUGUGCUUGUGCUGAGGUAGCAGCAGUGAGAUGUGGUAAUCAGGUAAUUGCCCAUGCUUUCAAAUUGGGGCUCAAUUCUGACACCUCGGUGGCAAACGGUAUCAUCACGAUGUACUCGAGAUGUGGAAAGAUUGUCGAAGCACGGGAAGUAUUUGAUUCUAUCUUGGACAAGGAUCUGGUCUCCUGGAAUGCUAUGAUUACUGCUUAUGCACAACAUGGUCAAGGGAAGGAAACAAUAGAAAUUUUACAAAGGAUGUUAUGUAACGGAAUAAAACCUGAUUAUAUAAGCUAUGUUGCAGUUUUAUCAGGUUGUAGUCACUCGGGGCUCGUAGAGGAAGGGAGAUUUUAUUUUGACAGUAUGACAAGAUGCCACAAUAUAAAUCCUGGUCUAGAGCAUUUUGCUUGCAUGGUGGAUCUUCUUAGCCGAUCUGGUUUGCUAGAAGAAGCCAAAAAAGUCAUAGACAGCAUGCCUAUAAAACCAAGUGCUGAAAUUUGGGGAGCUUUGCUUGGAGCUUGCAAGAUAUAUGGAAACAAAGAACUUGCAGAAUGUGCUGUGAAACAUCUAUUUGAGUUGGACACGAAGGACUCUGGUAGUUAUGUUCUUCUGGCUAAGAUAUAUGCAGAUGCAGGGAAUUCAGAUGAUUCGGCUAGAGUGAGAAAACUCAUGAGAGAAAGGGGAAUAAGAAAGAAUCCUGGAUGUAGUUGGAUUGAGGUUAAGAACACAGUACAUGUUUUCACUGCUGAUGAUUCAAGCCAUCCACAAAUUGACAUUAUUCUGAGGAAACUGGAUGAGCUCAUGAAGAUGAUAGAAGCUGUAGGAUACGACCAGAGCACAACUUUCCUAUCUCGAGGCCAUCACAGUGAGAAGCUGGCAGUGGCUUAUGGUCUUGUUAGCUUGCCUGAAUGGAUGCCUAUCCACAUCAUGAAGAACCUCCGAAUAUGCUGUGACUGUCACACAGUCAUAAAACUCAUAUCUUUGGUUACUACAAGAGAGCUAAUAGUGCGGGACGCCAACCGCUUUCACCAUUUUAGAGAAGGAUCUUGCUCUUGUCAGGAUUACUGGUGAUUGACCUGAAAGCAUGAUGAGGCUUGUUUGUUUCUCCUUCUCUUGUUAAUUUUUCUGUAUCGUCUAAUUUAAGAAUCACUGAUUCAUUAAGUAUAUGUAUUUUUUCUGGACUGAGAUUCAUCAAAUAAAAAAUUAAUCAGUGAUCAAGCUGCACCGUUAUAUUUAUUUGUUUGUCCCACACUUUUACUAGUAGAAACAUUACUUCUUGAAUUGCUUUUGUUAGUAUUCUGAAAUGGCUGGAACUUAUAGUGCCACAUACUUUUGAAGCUUAUCUGUGGGCUGAGCCUCUUAUUCCUUUUCAUGUGCAUGUAUUUGUAGGACAGAGACUGUUGUUUAUAGAAAAGGAAACAUUACUUCGAUUGAGACUAGGAUUUGAGAUAUAUUUUCUUUUCUUCCAAGACAAGUGCUAUGUCUCAAUAGAAGACUGUGCACAAGCUAUCCCGACCGUCUAUAACCCACUUGAUCAUUCUGUCAAGUUACUCAAUAGAAUUUAUCAUCGAUUAUACUUGGCAUGCACAUCACAUAGCGGAAUGAUCUGCUAAUGUUAACACGAGUUGGAUUAGGAUACGGAGUAGGAAAUAACGGCUGUUACAGAUUUCAUCACUAGUUACAUUACGCAAUAGUGAGUUUGAUGUCCUAUUAUGUGAGUACUGUAAGAUCCAUGAGCAAAUUAUGUACACACGUAGUUAUAUACACAUCACAAAAUUAAAUUUUACAUCAACUUCAAGGGUGACAAUUUUGAUGCAAUUUUAUACAUGUAAAUUCGUUUCAGCAUAUCGCGGUGCACCUUCAAGAACAGAGAGGAGAAAGUGGAACAGGAAUUGCUUCAUCGCAAGACAAGUUUCAUUUUGCAAUUUGAUCCGCACAAAGGGGAUAUCCAGGAGAUUGAUCAUAUUUCUGCCUCAUUUACUUCAUAUUUCUGAGACAAUAACAAAGAGAUUGAUUGAUCAAAGUUGCAGACAAGAUCAACUAGGGCCAAGGAUCGCAACAUCCUUCACCAUAGUUGCACGCCUUUUCUUGGAGAGUGGACGAUCUUCUUGCCAGUCUUCAGACUUGCUGGCCUCCUCACAUCGGUCGAGCCAUUCGCUAUACAAGUCGACGGCGGUCGAUAGUGGUGGCGUAGGUCUCUUUGCAGACCCAGCAUUUUUUGCUUUCUUACUCGAGAGGAGCACUUCGCAGUUACGUAUACUGUAACUAUGUGCAUCCACAUCAUAGAAACAACCUUUACAGCAACAUCAGAUAGAAUUCCUCAGAGACUUUGAUCACCGAAAACAUUCGCCACAAUGACGGGAUGGCAUUUUAUUCAUGUAUAUUAUCAUUUGUUAUUGCAUAUGCUGGUUUCGUUUUGUAA